AUGUCGGGAAACUCAGUACGGCGUCAACUCUGGAGUUCGAAACCCGUCGGAGAUCUUCUAGCUCUUGCUCUCACCAAUUCAGACGACGACGACGAGCGUUUCUAUCGCCGGCAAGCUUUGGAAUUAUGUCGUCUCUUACUCUCAGUUGGUCAUCCAGAACCAGUGACAGAUCUUUCUUCGCGGUUUACACACCUCCAAGCUUCUCCUGAGCUCGUGAGAUUUCUUUGCUCGAUCCCUAAUUCGCCUAUUUCCCUCGCCGGAGACGGAUUCUUCGUGACUCUCUCGUGCGAGUUUCUCUCCGCUCCGGCUAGUUUCGCUUGUAGUUUGGGAGUGCCGGAAAAUGCUUUGUUUGAACAGAUUUCGCAUUUUGUGGAUUUUAUUUCUCCAAAGGCAAAGCGAAAUGGUCUAGGGAUUAUGAGAGAAACUGAGGAACAAGAGGAGCUACAGCUUAUGCCAUUGCCUAAAAGAAGCAGGAAGGAUGAUGGAAAUGUGAAUUGUUCUGUAAUGGAUAGUAGAGUUAACGACAUCACAACUAUUGCCAAUGGAUCCAUGCUUGAAACUAUUAAAGCUUUUGAAUCACAAGCUUCGCUUUUAGUUUUAAGUACGGAUAGUCGAGAGCAAGGGGUAUUUGACCAUAAUCCUUCGUCUGUUUCUCGGACUCGGAUUUUUGGUUGUGAUAUUUUCUCCAACGGUUCAGUGGAUGUUGAUCCUGUGCAUUGUUUGGGGGAAAGCAAGCAAGAUUUGCCAUCUCCUCGAGAGGUUGGACAUUGUGAGCAACUUGAGAUUGGAGAUUUUCGAUUUGGUGACGAUGAGGAUAGAAACGGGAAGGAUCUGUUCCCUAAGGGGGAAAUACAAACUACCUAUGUGCAGUCUGAUCCUUCAAUGCCAUCAGAAAAUGAGUUAAGAUCAGUGUACAUUGUGGAAGACACUGAGGAAUUGCUUGUGAGUUGUAACCCAUUAAAGCAAGAGGUCCACCCUGUAGAUGUCUUCAGCACCCCUGUCUGUGAGCUGCCGUUGCUGCCCUCUGCUACAACAGCGAAUCAAGAUAGACCUUUGGUGCAGAAAACUCAAGAUCUGUACAAAUCGUCGGGAAACAGCAAAGCGUUCAGAAUUUCACCUGAGAAAAAACAAACUAGAAAAAGUAAAGCUACCCAGAAGUCAAAGCAGAAUUUUAACUCCGUUCCACCUAAAGAACAGAAGGAUCAGGAGAAAGAGAAGACGUUUCCAGAUUUUGAUUCUUACACCAUCAUAGAGGAAGAAGGUUCAGGGGGCUACGGGAUUGUUUAUAAAGCGAAAAGGAAAACUGAUGGAACAGAGUUUGCCAUUAAAUGUCCCCAUGCGGGUGCUCAGAAAUACUAUGUUAAUAAUGAACUCAGAAUGCUGGAGCGUUUUGGGGGGAAAAACUUUAUAAUUAAGUAUGAAGGCUGUCUGAAGAAUGGAGAUUCCGAUUGCAUCAUCCUUGAGCACCUUGAACAUGACAGACCUGAUUUAUUGAAGAGGGAAAUAGACGUGUAUCAGUUACAGUUGUACGGCUACUGCAUGUUCAAAGCUCUGUCAAGCCUUCAUAAGCAGGGUGUUGUUCACAGGGAUGUUAAGCCAGGCAACUUCCUUUUCUCUAGGAAGACCAACAAAGGCUACCUCAUUGAUUUUAACCUCGCAAUGGAUUUGCACCAGAAGUACAGGAGAACCGGUAAAUCGAAAGCAGCUACAGAUCUUUCAACCGCCAGCAAGAAGCAUCAUACAUUGGUUAAAUCACAUGAAGUGACAAACCGAGUGACCAACAAAUCUUCUCAGACAGCUUUAGCGCCUAAUAGUCUUAAGAAAGCAGCGGGAAAAAUAAGAGGUCGGACUGACAUGAGCAGAUGGGAUCGAUUCAAUAGUCAAGGGGCUGAAGGGUCAGGCUUAACUUCAGCCAAAGAUGUGACCAGCACAAGGAACAACCCUUCAGGUGAAAAGAGGAGAGAGCCUUUGCCUUGCCAUGGAAGGAGAGAGCUUUUAAACUUUCUGCAGGAGACAAUGUCUGGUCCAAAUCCAAACCAUGAAGCAUCAUCCAAAGCUCCUACAUCUAUCCGAAAACGUGUUGCUGCUCUUCCAGGGAAAUCAGAGAAGGAGCUUCUUUAUCUGACCCCAAUGCCUCUCCGGUCUAACGGUCGUCCUGAAGCAGGGGAUGUAAUCCAGAAGAAAGAUGGUCCUUGCUCAGGAACCAAAGGCUUCCGAGCUCCAGAGGUUUGUUUAAAAUCAUUGCACCAAGGACCUAAGAUAGACGUUUGGUCUGCAGGAGUUACUUUAUUAUACUUAAUGAUGGGAAGAACACCUUUCACUGGUGACCCUGAACAGAACAUUAAGGACAUUGCGCAACUACGAGGCAGUGAAGAAUUAUGGGAAGUCGCCAAGCUGCACGAUCGCGAAUCAUCUUUCCCUGAGGAACUGUACGAGCCAAGAUAUUUAAAGGGAAUGGAUUUGAGAAAAUGGUUCGAACUCAACUCAAAACGCAGAGAGUUUCUAGACGCGGUUCCACGGUCGCUUCUCGACCUCGUUGAUAAGUGUUUGACCGUUAACCCGAGGCUACGAAUCAGUGCAGGGGAUGCUCUCAAGCACGACUUCUUCUUUUCAAUUCAUGAAACCCUUAGAAAACAAAGGCUCGUUAAGCCGCAAACGCAAUCGCAGCAGCCUUCACUGGUUGCUAACGCAGUAGGCCAAACGCCAAACUAA